AUGUAUUUCAACGAUAAUCACACUGAGACAGAUGUAGUAUUUGCAGCACGUGUCCUAGUUUAUGAUAUGCUGCGAAAGGAGCCGUCCAAGCGUCCAACAGCGGAGCAGCUUCUUCGCGUACCACUAAUGGUGGAGGAGGAUAGCAGCAAGCUGGAUGCAGUGGUGCCACUUGGCCCCGAUUCAUUAGGUGAAACAAAGCAAAUUGCCUCAGGCGCUACUUCUGCUUUUGGCAGUAAUGAUGCGGAUGAAAGUGCUCGUGAGUUUUUAGCUUUGCUAUUGAGUGCCAAUGAGGAUCAGGUUGUGCCAUCGAUCUCAACAACAUUUCGGAUCGUCAUUCAACGCGAUGUGUAA